AUCGGGGAGCGCCGCACGGCUGAAAGGACCCCAAGGGAAGAAGAGGAGGGCUGCCCUUCGCGCUGCCUGAUUCCCUUUCCGGCAUGGCUCUCUUCCUGGUCCCGAGGUAUGAAGGCGAUGGGAAGAAAGAGGAGGGAAACAGCCCACAAAAAGCGUCUCAGUUGUUGCUGCGACGUUUGCAGGAAAAGGCCCUCCUUCGAGAGAAGCAGAAAACACAGCCAAACCUCACAAUUUCUGGCCCCAAAAUCCAUGAAGAAAAUGAAGUUUUGGGGUCAAAGGAUGAAAAUGAAGUGAUUCCGGUGCAAAUAAAGGGAAAGAAGCGGAAACGGGACAAAUCUUUGAAGAAAGUCGGCAAAAAAAAUCAGAACAAGAAACACGAGGAGGAAGAUUUUGGGGAAACAGAUCCAGGGGUGAAAACAGCUGAUCUAGAAGAAGGCAAAGAAGGAGGAGGAGAAGAAGAAGAAGAGAAAGAUAGGAGCCCAUCCGCUCCGGAGUGCAGUCCAGACCCAGCUCCUCUGAGUGCGAUUGUCCUGGGCCAUCGCAGCCACAGAACGGUGCAGAAGGUGAGGCCACACUUACCGCCAUGGCUGUCGGCACCGCAGCGGAUCAAGAAGCGCAUCAAGGCCAACCUGCUCCCUCUCGCCGACCUCCCUCACCUUCACCCGACGCUGAUGAAGAAGCUGAAAGCCAACGGGAUCAAAGCUUUCUUUCCAGUCCAGGCGGAGGUGAUUCCGGCCAUUUUGUCUGGCUGUUCCGGGGGCUUCCUGGCCGGGCGGGGGGGCUUCCGGCCAAGCGACCUCUGCGUCUCGGCCCCCACCGGCAGCGGGAAGACCCUGGCCUUCGUGGUGCCCAUCGUCCAGGCACUUUUGGGCCGCGUUGUCUGCCGGGUCCGAGCGCUGGUCGUCCUUCCCACGAAAGAGCUGGCCCAGCAGGUGAGCAAAGUAUUCAAUCUGUACACCGACGGAACAGGGCUGAAAGUGGUCCAGAUCACCGGCCAGAAAUCCUUCGCUAAAGAACAAGAGUCGCUUGUGGAGAAAACGCUGAGUGGUUUCCGUAGCCUGGCGGACAUCGUGGUGGCCACUCCGGGCCGCUUGGUGGACCACCUGCAGGAGACCCCUCACUUCGGCCUCUCACAGCUCCGCUUCCUGGUGAUUGACGAAGCAGAUCGCAUGGUGGACGGGAUGCACCAGGAUUGGCUGAGGCAGGUGAUGCAGGCCGUCUUCCGGGAGCGAGAGGCCGGUGCCGGGACCUUUGAGCGGAAGGAGGAGGCGCACCUCACGGCGGCCGGGGCCUCCGUGCCUCGGCUCCCCUUCCAGAAGCUUCUCUUCUCGGCCACUUUGACACGCGACGCAGAGAAGCUGCAGACCCUGGGCCUCUUCCGCCCGAGGCUCUUCAUGCCGGAAGAAGAACGGAAGGAGGAAGGAGAGGAGGAGGAGGAGGACGAAGAAGAAGGCGGAGAGGAGAAGAAAUACUCGCUCCCCGAGGGCCUCUCGCAAUACUUCGUGCCUUGCAGCCUGCGCUGGAAGCCGCUCUUCCUGCUGCACUUCCUCCUCCGCCUGAAGUUCUCCCGCGUCCUCUGCUUCGUCAACAGCAAGGAGACCUCCCACCGGUUGUUCCUGCUGGUCAAGGCCUUUGGAGGGGUCAGCGUGGCUGAGUUUUCCUCAAGGUUGACCCCGAACCAAAGGAAAGCAACGCUGAAGGAGUUUGAAAGAGGGAAGAUCCAGCUACUAAUCAGCACGGACGCCACGGCAAGAGGCAUCGACGUGGACGGGGUGAAGUGCGUCAUCAGCUACGAAGCGCCACAGUUCAUCCGGACUUACAUCCACCGGGUGGGCCGCACAGCGAGGGCUGGGAGAGCUGGCUUGGCCUUCACGCUCCUCUUAAAGCAGCAGGAGUCCCGCUUCCUGCGGAUGCUGUCCCAAGCCGGCCUCCCCGCCGUCGAUCAGCAGGUGGUCAGAGUGGACGAGAUCCGGCCGCUGGUCCCUCGCUACCAAGAGGCCCUGCAGCAGCUCCAGGAGGUGGUCAAGGAGGAGAGAGCUGAGAAACUGUCUUGAAAGGAAGGCAAGAAAUCAGAGGAGGAGCCCAUUGUCUUCAAGGCCGGCGUUGACGUCUACCUAGUAUAAUUGAAUCCUGGAUGUAUGGUUUAAUCUGCCCCAUAAAAAUAAUUAAAUAAAUACACAUUUGCAUAUAUUUA